CUUCUUCACAAAUGGUUCAAUCCACACAAAAUGGCGGACUGAAUUGUGAUUUUCUACCUUUGUGUGUUUUUGUUGGAAUUUUUAACUAAAAUGAUGCAGAACAUGAACGAUUCGCACGCUCCUCCGCCGUCCCAACAAUCGACAGAAACCACAGCGGCAUCGGGAGCCUCUACCUCCGCUCCAGGGGAAAGGAAGUUCGCUCAGAUUCCGAAAGAGUCCGUGAAGGCCCAUGCGGAAUCCAUUGGCAUAUCUGAAGUGUCAGACGAUGUUGCCGCUAUGGUCGCCGAAGACGCCUGCUACAGGCUACGCGAAGUCAUGCAGGCAAGCUGCCAGUUUAUGAGACAUGCGAAGAGAAAGCGUCUGACAGCAGAGGACUUCAACAGGGCACUGCGGUGGGGCAACGUGGAGCCAAUGUAUGGUCACAACUCUCCCGACCCCAUGGUGUUCCGACCAACCAAAGACGCGGAGCUGUACUUUUACGAGGACAAAGAGAUCAACCUUACUGAGUUUGCCAUGGAAACCAUCCUGCCCAGAAAUCCGGGGGAAACAACUGUCAAAGCUCAGUGGUUGGUGGUUGAGGGUCGUGACAAGGGAGCAGGAAGCUCCCCAGCCUUGUCUGAGGAACUGGUGCAGUACUACGACCAGGUCACACGGGCCAUCCUGGGUGGAAAUGAACAGCUCAUUAAGACGGCUCUAGCCGACUUGAGGACCAACUCCAGAGUCUCAGCCCUGCUGCCCUACUUUGUGUACUUGGUGGGAGAAGUGAAGUCCAUCAGCCAUGACCUGGAGGCACUGACCCGCCUGCUCCAAACUGCUCAGGCCCUGAUCCAGAACCCUCACCUGUACCUGGGACCUUAUUUGAAACAGCUGGUGGCCAGUGUGAUGUACUGUAUCCUGGAGCCACUGGCAGCCUCCAUCAACCCACUUAACGACCACUGGGCACUGAGAGACUAUGCUGCAAGGCUGCUGGCACAAAUAUGCAGGUCUGGCUGCAUGAGUGUGGAGGGAUUACAGAAACAGCUGCUGCUUGCCCUACAGAAAGUGUUGGUGGACCCAGCCAGACCUUUGUGCUCUCACUAUGGAGCUGUGGUAGGACUCACAGCACUGGGGAGCAAGGCUGUUGAGGAUGUGCUUUACCCCCAGUUGGGUACCUACUGGCCCUUCCUGCAGAGCUGGAUGGAGGACAGGACCAUAUCUAAUGCACAGGCCAAAGCUGAUGCACAUAGAGUGCAGGGGGCCAUUCUGUCUGCAGCAGAGUUACUGUUAAAGACAUACCAGCAGAAUGGCUCAGACCCCCACGCCGAGUCCAGCCACGAGAGCUCCCCCAACCAGAGUCCCCACCACCCCGAUGCCAGUGACUUCACCAUCGGGACGUUUGGCCACCUGCUGGAAUCCAACAGUACUGCAGGCUCCAACAGCCACCGGAGGGACAAGGGCCCUGUCCCCAUCACCCAGAUUUACUCUGACCUGUACAGCUUCUUCGGAGACAGCCUGGCGGUGAGAGUGGGAAACGGCGCUCCCUUCGUCCCUGCCAAAGAGGAGGAGUCUGACCAGGAUGCAGAGCCUAUUGUAGAGGCGGGGUCGUCCGCUUUCCCGACUGUCCAGGUGGAGAGGGCGGACUUACCCCCGAUGCUGCCUUUGCUGGGAAUGGUCAGCCCAUAGACUUGUCCAGCAUGCCGUCCACCAGCGAGUCCACCCACACCACAGGCAGACGCACCUCCAAACGGAGGCAGAGCUCCAAGGAGUCACCCAAGUCUAAGAGAGCGCGGCGAGCUCCCUCCAUGUCGGACAUUUUCAGCCUCUCCAGGGCUUCCCAGAGGAGGAAGGACAUUGUGGUUAACAUCCGCGGAGGGAGGCAGGUGGGGAAAAAGAAGACCAAGCCCGGAGUGCUCCUCGGAGCAGAGCUGAGCAGACUCUGCCGCAGAGUUCCUUUUGUUGGGAAAAGGAAGAAGGUCAAGACUUUACCAGGGAAAGUUCUGCAGCCGAGUAUGGGUAUGCUGAUAUGACAUGCAUUUGACAUGAGAUGGGUAUGCUGAAAUGAGGUGAAUUUGAAGGGGGAACUUGUAGAACAUGUUGGGCUCUCAACUAAUAAGCAAGAAUUGUAACUUUAUUUUAUACAUAGAAAUAGAUGAGCUUGAGACAGUUCCCUCCUGUGGACACAAAGACAACACACCAUGUCUCCAUUUUACAUUUAAGGAGAAACAGUCAUGUACAUGAAAAAAGCAUUAGGUUAUUUACUAAGUAGCUUUGCAAUGUUAAGUGGUAAUUCAUUAUGAAUCAAAUAAUAACAAUAAACAUUCCAAAUUGUGAAGAAAACAGUUGCAGACUGGUAAAAGGAUGGUCCACUGAAACAUCAGUAGGUGAAAAGAACUGCAUUAACUGGUUCACUGUUCUACAAAGUCAUGUAUAGCCCCUGUCCUAAAGUACUUUGGGUGACCUAACAUAGACCAGACACAAACCACUUGUAUAACUACAAAUUUAUUAUUUGUCAUUAUUACUGCCCAUUGCAUGGGGUUUUCAAAGCAUUAAUGUCUUCAUAAAAUCUAUGUGUAAAGAACGUAAAAUUAUGGCUUCAAAUGUUUGGCACAGUCAGGUAUAUCCUGGAGGAAACA